CAGCCCGCGCCUAGCCCGCGCCCGCGCCCGCGCCGCGCCUGGCCCAGCGUAGCCUGGCGUAGCCAUGCCAGUCAGGACGCGGCACUAGCACCGUGAGGCGCCGUGCCCGUGCCGCGAGGGCCCCGCCGCGAGGCUAAGAGCACCGGGCCCGCCACCCCCCCCCCCCCCCCACCCCCCCGGGCCCCCCCAGCCCCGCGCUCGCCAGGCUCGUCAUGUCGGACCACGAGGCGGAUUUGGACUCGGAGGCCGAGUGCGACAGUUUCCCGGGAGACUUGAGCCAACUCGCCGACCUGGUGGACCUCGGCGACUCGGAUGACCCCCACGGCCACGCGACCGGCUCCGCCCCCGCCGCCGCGGCCUCCGCAGCCAUGUCGCCACCCCCGUCCGUGCCCCGGAGGAAGGCCGUGUCCUUUCACUCCAACACCGGCCUGCCACCCUGCAAGAAGAUCACGACAGCGGAGGAGUGCGUGCGCCACAUGAUGCAGGGCACCUCCCUCAUCAAGGUGCGCCCCCGCCGUCACUACUACCGGGUGCUGGCGCUGUCGCAGGACCUCAAGCACGUCAGCUGGACGCCAGGACGCCCGCGCUCCUGCGCCCCCCUAGGUCCCUGGUUACCCAAAGUGACGCGAAGCCUCCUGUGUGUGGGAAGAAUGAUCGCCGUCGAGGACAUCCGCGAGGUGCGGUGCGGGCGGACCACCAAGGUGCACCGGGACUCCCGCAUGCCCGCCGGCUACCCGGACGACUGGGCCUUCUCCGUCGUGUACGGCGACGACCUGCGCACCCUGGACCUGAUCGCGCACAGCGCGGAGGACGCGCGGACCUGGGUGGCGGGGCUGUGCGCCCUCAUCGGGGACCCUAACCCGGCUGCCGGUGGCGGGCUCCGCGAGCAGUGGCUGUCGAACGCGUUCCACAAGGAGGCGGCGCGCUGCGGGGGCCGCCUGGGCGCCGAGUCCGCGGCCCGGCUGGCGGCGCGCCUCAUGACCGCCAAGAAGGCCGCCGCCCCCGCGGACCAGCCACCACCGCCGCCCCAGCACCAGCGCGGCAGGACGCCGCCCGCGCAGGCCGCCCAGGAGCGCAUCGCGCAGAAGCUGGCGGAGAACGGGCGGCGGCGGUCUAUUGAGAGCGCGGAGUUUAUCGAGACCUACAAGCAGGUGGUGACGCGGCCGGAGGUGUACUUUCUAUUGCUCAGGUUUUCUCACAAAGAGUACAUGACGGCGGAGGACUUGAAGGCUUUCUUGGAGACUGAACAAGGGGACCGAGCCGUGGAGUUGGCCGAGUGCGAGGAGAUCAUCAACCGCAGCGAGCCGAGUCCGGAGGCCAGGGAACAGGGUGUCCUGCUAGUCGACGGCUUCUCGCACUUCCUGGAGUCGGACGAGUGCCUGAUUGCGCCGCCGGCCGACAAGACGUCGACGCAGCUCAACCUGCCGCUCAGCCACUACUACAUCAGCAGCGCGCACGACGCGUACGUGCCGGACGACCCCGCGGCCAACACCGCCUCCAUGGACGCCAUCGUCAGGGCCCUGGCCCAGCCCUGCAGAUACGUCAAACUGGACCUUCACGACGGCGUGGCCGGCCCCGUGGUGUGCAGGAACGCGACGUGCGCCUCGAGGCUGCCGGCCAGCGACGUGCUGCGGCUCAUCCGCGAGCUCGCCUUCGUGGUGAGCCAGUGCCCGCUGCUGCUGCACCUGUCCGUGCGCUGCUCGCCGCCGCAGCAACGCUCGCUGGCCGCCCUGCUGCGCGCCGAGCUCGGCGAGAAGCUGCUUCUCCCGCAGGAGGCCAAGGACCCCGCGCAGCUGGAGGUGCAGACCAUUCUCGGCAGGAUACUGCUAGUGGGCAAGCGGCUGCCGAGCGCGUGCCACGAGGAGAUGGGCUCGGUGCAGGACGAGGACGACGUGCAGGGCGCGGGCCCGGGCGUGGUGGUGCGCGAGCUGUCGGACCUGUUCGCGCUGGACCCGCGCUCGUGCCACGCGGUGGACGCGGCGCCCGGCCACGCCCCCGGCCGCCUCUGCUCGCUGUCCGACUCGCUGGCCUCCAAGAUGUCGCGCCUCCGCCCCGAGGACAUGAUCGCCCACUGCAGGAACAGCCUGACGCGCGUCUUCCCCAACCACGAGCGCACCGGGGCGGCCAACUUCAACCCCCAGGAUGCGUGGAACGCCGGUUGUCAAAUAGUGGCGGUGAACCUGCAGACGCCGGGGCAGCACAUGGACGUGUACGAGGGGCGCUUCCGGACCAACGGGGGCACGGGGCUGGCCCCCAAGCCCUCCAUCAUGUGUGACGGCCUGCCCUUCCCCGCCGCCGACCCCCGCAACGGGCUGCCGGGCACGUCGCCGCUAGUGCUCCGCAUCACCGUCAUCUCCGGCCAGAACCUGCCCCGGCCCCGCGGCUGCGACGCGCGCGGCACCGCCAUCGACCCCUACGUCGCCGUGCAGGUGUUCGGCGUCCAGGUUGACAACAACGAGAAGAAGACGCGCACCGUGUCCAACGAGGGGGACUGCCCCGUCUUCGAGGAGACCUUUGAGAUGGUCAUCUUCCUGCCCGAGCUCGCCCUCUUGCGCUUCGUCGUCCUGGACGACGAGUACAUCGGCGACCCUUUCAUCGGGCAGUUCACCGUGCCGCUGCACUGCCUGAGCCGGGGCUACCGGGUGGUGCGGCUGCUGAACGCGGCGGGCGAGCCGCUGGACGGCGCCUGCCUCUUCGUCCACAUCGAGAUGUGGCACCGCCGGGGGAGGCAGAACAGCAAAAAGCGCUAUAAGAAGGAGAAGCUCGACUUGCGGACAGUGGGUAUCAGUAGCGUGGACGACCUCGUCAAGAGCAACGAGCGCUCCCUCCGGGCGAUGGUGGAACUUCGCAGCGAGACGGACCUGGCUAUGAGCGCGCUGCGCUGCGAGUGCGGCGUGUCGGACGGCGCCAGCAUGCAGCACUGUCUCAGGGUCAUCACCCACCGCAUCCAGAGGACGCGCAGCGUCCGCAAGGUCUACAUUCAGGAGGUGGACGGCUCGCCGAUGCUGCGGCUGGAAGCCGACACCCUCAGCGAGAACAUGACGCGCUGCCUGUGCACCCUCGACCGCGCGUGCGAGCAGCUUGCCUCCGUGCGGCGCCUGCACGACUCGACCGCCGCGCCCGUCCUCGACCUCUGCGCCCAGCUCGAGGACAAGGCGCGGGACUUCCCAAACCUGGCACUGGGCCUCGGACUCAAGGGCGCCAAGUUCACCAAGGCCUCAGACAACUUGGCGUGGAACGUGCGCGUGAUCCGGGGCGCGCUGCGUCAGCUGGGCGAGGUCAAGGAGGAGGCCGAGAAGGGCCUGUGGGUGAUCCGACGCUCGGCAAAGGCCAUCUCGCGGCUGUCUGGUCAGCGGCCGGCCGCCCAGGUCUCAGCGCAGCCGCAGCCACCACCGCUGUCGAGGACGAGCUCGGCGACGACCAAGCAUCCCGGCCCGACGGGCAGCGGCUCGGAUCCAGACAGCCUGGGCCACGGCGGCCGCCUCUCACCGCAGUCCAACUCGUCCACGUCGCGGUCCCCGGCGGCCUCCCCGUGCGGCACGGCCUCGGGCGGAGUCUCACCCACCAUCGGCGAGAUGCGCGGCGUGUCGCCGAGGCCGCCCGUCCGAGGCAUUCUCAAGCAGCAGUCGUCGCCGCAGCCCUGCGACCAGCCUGCAUGACAUUUAGCCCCUGGAGGACCCCAUCACCCCGGGGUCCCCCACCAUGUAGCCCCACAUCCUGGAGGUCCCCAUUCUGUAAGCAUACACGUUGGAGGUCCUCAUGCUGUGAGCGUACAGCCCACAGUUCCCCACUCUGGGAGCCCUCAUCCUGGAGGUCCUCAUUCCGCAGGAACCCACCCCGCGGGGACAUACCACAUAGGAACCCAUCCCGCAGGAACCCACUCGGGAGGAACACAUCCCGUAGGAACCCAAUCGGGAGGAACACACCCCGUAGGAACCCACCCAGGAGGAACCCACCCGGGAGGAACACAUCCCGGAGGAACCCACCAAGGAGGAACCCAUCGAGAGACUGCCCUGUAGUCGUGCCCUGCGGGCCCUGCGGGGUCGCGCCCUGAGGUACGUGACUGCAGCCCCCCGCCCCGUGUGGGUGGCGCCGCGAGGCGCUGCUGUGCGACAGAGAUAGCUGCCGCUGCUGCCUGACAGCGAUUGUGCGAGUGCGCGGGGGAUUAUCCUGUAGGUCGUCUCGCUCGCACUCGCACAUAAUCCCCGUCGUUCUGCUGCGCCUCGUGAUGUUAUCCCAGGGUGGGGGCGCCUCUGAGCUUUGGGCCCUGCUGCUGCUGGUGGCAGCGGUGGUCCGGGUGGUGGUGGUGGUGAUCGUGGUGGUGGCCUCCCCUUUAGGCUUCCCUGCUAUUCGAGAUACCCCCUGGCCGCAUUUUUCGUCGUCGCCAUUUGCAGGCGUGUGGGGGGUUCUCUCUUGUCAGGUCGAUAUGGGACUGGAGCUCCGGCGCCGCCGCUCUGUUCGAUCUGACGUGCGAAUGCGUGCAGCCUGCCGCCACCGGCAGUACUCCGCGCGCCAGUGUCUCACGGGCGAGGGGUAUAUAUACCGCGCCGACUUGCGGGGAGGUCCGUGAACCCCGUCCCUCAGCUCUCUUGCCGUCCGGUGGCCCAGGGUAACUGCACGGUCGCUAAUUUGUUUUUGGCCAUCUGGCCGAGUCCCCACGUGGAAGGUCUCAAUACUCGCUACGGUUUUCCGUUUCUCGUUGCCGACUGGUUCGGUAACGUUAAGACCCGAGGGAACGGAGCACCGCCCCUCGAAGACUUGUCUUACUCGCUUCGUGUUUAUUCGUUGUCGCGUCUGUGAGAUUCUAUAUAUACCCGCCGUGUUUGGCUAUGGCUGCCUGGCGGAGUAGCCGCCGCUCAAGUUUCGUUUGGAAGGGGUUGGUGAUUUUUCUUGUGAUAGCUGUGCUCCUAGUGUUUUUGCGCCACCGCCGUUGCCCGCAGGCCCCAGCGGCCCGAAGGUGCGGUGGGGCAACCUUAAACUUCCCAAGGAAAAAAUUCUUUUAACACUUAUUGUUAUGACGUUGUUUUCACCUUUAAGGCAUCUAUUUGAUGUCAUGACGUCCCAUUUCGGACUGGGUUUUGUGCAUUCCGCGGCCUCGUUUUACUUACUUGUUUUCAAUGUAAUGUUCCGUAUGAUUCGCGACCGGUUUCUAGACUUUAAGAGGUGCCUUGGUUAUUUGCUCGACCUCAGAGAGCUACAGAAGAAAUGCGUUGGUUGAAGACACUUUCAUUUCCAAUUCGUCUGAAUGUUAGAAAAUUUUACCUAGUGAUUUGGUGUCACUUGUCAUGUAGCCCUGCUUAAGAUUUCGCACGGAGUGUUGCCUGUUGCCAGUGUCGUGUAGGUGAAUGGCAUAGUCUAGUGAAAUUGUAGACAGAGUCCUUGUGAUGACAAUUUAAUGGAACAGUAGAUCGUGUUAGACGUUUUGUGAGCUGAACCGAGCAACAUCAAAACUGAAGAAACCAUGUUCAAUCCACUGUUCAGGAGGAGGCUGCAGGUCCAGGAAAAAACGGUCACUGGUAGGUCUAGUUCUUCUCAGUAUGUUGUAGAAAGUUAUUCUUGUUGUCCUUUACAGAAUGUAAAUAUUGUCUAACACGCUUCGAGCAGGAUCAUGACUUUGUUUACUGUGGUUAAGGGCAACUUGAGUCAAUAAUAGUCCGUCAGUGCCAGCUGUCAGUUAGCGAUGGACGCUCGUUAAUCAGAAGUUGAGAGUACAAAGUUGUUUUCUGCAGAAGGAAGUGCUUAUAUAGAGGAACAAAGCAGUACGAAUGGUCCGAAGCGAAGUCAAUUCAAUGCAGUCUGAUUGUGCGGUCCUGUGUUGAAUUGACAUCCCCUCGGCAGCCACUUUGACGACCAAACCUGCAAAUGCACAUUUAAAGCAAAGAUUUAUUUAUUUAUAUCCGUGAUAAAAGAGAAAAAUCUAUUGUUUAAUUUUCGCACUGUUAUUCCUAAUGAUGUUUAUUUUUAGAGAACAAGCAAGUUAUAUAGCUAUUUACCUUUAUUGUACAGAUUUAAUGCCAAAUGGUUAGACUAUAUUGUCCUUCUUUCCCUUUAUUUUAAUGAGACAUCUUUCUAGUCGAACACUAUGGGUUACCUUGUGACAAUAUGUCAAAUUAUUUUAUGCUCCUUUGUUAUUGAGUUGUGUCCUUGUGAAUUGGUCUUACGGAGACCAAAACCUCUGUGCUGUUACUCAAUCCUUAGAUGGCUAAAUUUUAAUGUCAAGACGUUUCUGUGUAGAUACGAAAUGCGAUUGUUAUGUGAUGUGCCAUGCUGUUCAAAAUAGAAUGCUGCCAGUCCUAAGUGUGCCAAACUGUUAAAAAGACUUUGCGAAGUAUCCAUUUUGUUGACUGCGCGUCCACUUAACUCACACUUUGUCCUGUACUGCAUUAAUUUGCAUCUACGCUUAUAAAGGGCCUAUGUUCGCCGAAAGACCAAUGUAAUUUAAUCAAAAUUCGAUGAAAAGCUCGACAGAUUGGCCUCAACUUAGCAGCCUGAAAUCAAUAUGGUCUCCUCACAGUCCUUCUUAAAGCUAAAAGGGUUAAUCUCUAAAAUUUUUCGAAACAUCUUACUUUUGAUUUUUGAUGUAAAUCCACUUUAUUUCCAGGUUAUAAAAUAUACUUUUAAUUUAUUACGA